AUGGAAUGUAUGAUCGAAAUGCUAAGACAAAAGGGUAAUGCUAAAAUCUGUGAAGAAGAAAAAUUAAAUGAACUAACCGAUGAUGUUUACAACACUUGCUUUGAAGAACAAUUUUAUGACAGUCGAAACGAAAAUAAAAUUUCACGAAAUACCAAUACUGUUGGUACAAACGAUGUCGAUGAUUAUUUUUACUGGUCCCUCAUGGAUUCUAUUGUUUUCUGCUUUACCGUAAUAACAACAAUUGGAUACGGUAAUGUUGCACCAAAAACAAUGCAAGGAAGAUUGUUUGUUAUAGCAUACGGUGUCUUAGGCAUACCAUUUACAAUGCUUGCUAUUGCUAGCUUGGGCAAAUUUCUGGCUGAAAUUUUAAAAGGAAUUACGCAAUUAUCGGCUCGAUUGGUGAAGAAAAUUUUCUGCUGUAAUAGCAAGCAAAAGCAGUUUAAGAAAAAGGAAGCUCUAAUCAGUGAUUUAAAGGAUGAUGAUAACAAGCAAAAAAUUUCAAAUGAUGACGAUUUAUCGGAUAAUUCUGAGGUAAAAAAAUGGGGCGAGGCAUUGGUACUAAUUGUGGCCUUUUUCAUUUACAUCAUAAUUGGUUCAAUAGUUAUUGCAAGCUAUGAACCGGAAAUGGACUUCUUUGGAGCCAUUUAUUUCAAUUUUGUAUCACUAACAACUAUCGGUUUAGGUGAUUUGGUGCCUAAAAAUGAAAAAUACCUGGUAUUAACAUUGAUUUACUCAGCCGUUGGUUUAGCAUUAACAACCAUUGCUAUUGAAAUUGCUGCUGAAUAUUUGAAGAUGUUACAUUAUUUCGGUCGUAAAAUUGAUAAUGUUGCAAAUGUACAAAUUUGGUUUGGGGGCAAAAAGCUUACAAUGAAACAGCUAGUCCGGAACCUGGGUGACUAUUUCGAUUUACCAAUAAACGAAAUUGCCGAUCUAAAUCUCGACGAAUUUGUUAAUGCGGCAAUUAAAGUAGAAGCAGGUGAACUAGAUACUUUACGGUGUCUACGACCGAUCACUGUCGACAUUGAAUCGAUAAUAUUUGCAGAUGCAGAUGAAUCAUAUAUGUCGAAAUAA